AGCCCCAGCGAGGAGGCAGCGGGCAGCUAGCCCGAGUGCCAGCCCGCGGCCGCACCGCCGCUGCACCCGGCAGACGCGCGGGCGCCAGGCUCCGGCAUUGCGCUCGGAGCCGCCCGGCGCAUCGCAGGCUUUCAUCUGGUUUGGAUAAAUACCAAGGCGUGUAAAUGCGGAUCUUAUGAGACUCAGAGAGCUCCAGCAGGGCUGGCUGGAGAUGCGGCUCAGUGGUUGAGUGCCUGCCUACCAACCUGCCUAAGACUGGCAUUAGAGGCCAGAUUCCCGCGAGCAGUCUGGCUGCAGAGGUGGAGCUCUGACCACUACAGGUGGGAAGAAAGAGAGAGACAUCUCUGUGUUUCCUGCAAAGGACAGCAUGUGCCAGCACACAAAGACCAUUCUGGAGAUGAUCAAUUAUUGACGGACCUCCUCUGUUGGACACUCACAUCAGAUCGUCAGUUUGACAGUCUCAGGGCUAAAGCAGUCUCUUUGAAGAACUGUCGCCUACACUCAUCACCCAUUCUUCUCCGGAUGGUUGAACGAUGUAAAUGUUGCUGAAGGAAUCCUUGGUUACCUCACCCCUUUCUUGCUGGAUGGAACAGGAAGAUAAUCAAGGUGUGUGUGAACCCCAGAAUUCCGAAGACAGAGGUAUGGGUUCUGACUUUGAGAACUCCGAGGACAGAGAAGGGGACCCAGAAGAAAGAGGAAUGGGCUCCAAUCCACGCGACACAGAAGAGAGGGGCCAGCUGGAGCAGGAGAUGGACUCCAACCCACGGGAUGACAAUCUAAAAGGGGACUCACAAGGGAGGGAAAUGGUGUCCACUGUCUGUCCAGAGGGGCUGCUGAGUGAGGAAGAAGGGGCUGUCCUCCGUGAGGAAGAGGACGACCAGCCUGGUGUGGCUGACAUGGCACUGUUCCCAGGCCUGUCAGAAUCUGACAGUAUAUCCCGGAGUCCCGGGGGAGAAGAGGAGGAGGAAGAGGAAGAGGAGGAAAACGUUGCGGGGAACCGGCUGAUGGAGGAAGAUGAGCAGUUGCCUCCUCCGGUGCUUCCCUGGAGGCGUCACCUCUCCCUGGGGGGUCGACACCGAGGUGACAAACCGGCCCACCGCCGCUUCCACCGGCUCCAUCACCCCAUGACCAUGGACCUCGGGGAACUCGACAGCCUGAUGGCCAGCAUCAUGGACGCGCCCACCAUCUGCCCGGACUGCGGGGAGAGCUUCAGUCCGGGCGCCGCCUUUCUGCAGCACCAGCGCAUCCACCGCCUGGCUGAGGCCGCUGCCGUGGCCAGCCUGGAGCCCUUCGGCUUGGCCGCCGAGUGCGGUGGGGUGGUGGGGAUGAUGGGCAUGGGCGUGGCCGGCGGCUUCGGGGCGGGGCCCGCGCUGGCCCGGCCCCCUCGCGAGAAGCCCUUCCGCUGCGGGGAGUGCGGCAAAGGCUUCAGCCGCAACACCUACCUGACCAACCACUUGCGGCUGCACACGGGCGAGCGGCCCAACCUGUGCGCGGACUGCGGCAAGAGCUUCAGCUGGCGCGCCGACCUGCUCAAGCACCGGCGCCUGCACACGGGCGAGAAGCCCUACCCGUGCCCGGAGUGCGGCGAGGCCUUCAGCCUCAGCUCGCACUUGCUCAGCCACCGGCGCGCGCACGCGGCGGCCAGCGGCGCGGGCUCGGCGGCGCUGCGGCCCUUCGCGUGCGGCGAGUGCGGGAAGGGUUUCGUGCGCCGCUCGCACCUGGCCAACCACCAGCGCAUCCACACGGGCGAGAAGCCGCACGGCUGCGGCGAGUGCGGCAAGCGCUUCAGCUGGCGCUCGGACCUGGUGAAGCACCAGCGCGUGCACACGGGCGAGAAGCCCUACAUGUGCUCCGAGUGCGGCGAGACCUUCAGCGUGAGCUCGCACCUCUUCACGCACAAGCGCACGCACUCGGGCGAGCGGCCCUACGUGUGCCGCGAGUGUGGCAAGGGCUUCGGCCGCAACUCGCACCUCGUCAACCACCUGCGCGUGCACACCGGCGAGAAGCCGUUCCGCUGCGGCCAGUGCGAGAAGCGCUUCAGCGACUUCUCCACGCUCACGCAGCACCAGCGCACGCACACGGGCGAGAAGCCCUACACGUGCAUCGAGUGCGGCAAGAGCUUCAUCCAGAGCUCGCACCUCAUCCGCCACCGCCGCAUCCACACCGGCAACAAGCCCCACAAGUGUGCGGGCUGCGGCAAGGGCUUCCGCUACAAGACGCACCUUGCGCAGCACCAGAAGUUGCACGUGUGCUAGGGCGGGGGUCCCAAACGAGGCCGCGCUGGGAGGAGUGGAUGGCUUGGUUACUGAUGCUGUAGAUGUGGGGGAAGGGACGGGAGGGACAGCCCGAGAGUGUGUGUGUGUGUGGGGGUGCUUUUAAUGUUUGCCCCCUGCUCCCCCACAAGAGCACGGUUAAUAAGAGUUGUUAUUUUCGAGGUGCCUACCUCCUCCAUGAAGUUAACUCUUAGGAGAUGUGCUUGAGUUGAUGCUUACUGAAACACACACUGUAAGGAGUGAAGAGCUUGGGUGAACAGAUGCUUGGAGGACCCCCGAGGAAGGGGAUGUGGGUGAAGAGGGUUGGGCUGCCAUGUUUGUGGGAACCGGGAGAGGUGGCUGGUUUAGAGUUAUGGGGGGUACAGUAAAGCGUGGGUAGGAAUAAGCCUGUGGCACCUCUCACCCUCAGCUCUAGCCAGACCCUUCACAUCCCUAUAGAAGAGGGUGCUUCUAUCCACUUCCCUUCCCACGAGCCACAGUUAGCUGCUAUGUUGAGACAUCCAGGGAAAGUCGAGCAGAGAAACUGCACAAUUACUUCAAGGAGCAACCUCAGUUUAGAAAUCCACUAAUAACUGGUUCCCGGAUUUCUUAGGAAAUCCUGCACUUGGUUCUUCCUGUUGGGUCUCGGGUGCCUAGGUGGAUGGAUGACCCUGACCCAUGUGUAAGUCAGGACUUGCCCUGUCUUAGUCCGGCUUCAGGAGGACUGAAGACCACCAUCAGCAGCGGCCUCAGAAACCUGUUCACAAAAGUCAGCCAGCUCACUUUUGCUGGCUUUGUGGGGAAAACGCAAGAAAGCUGAGUUCCCAGGAUGGGAUGCCUUCAUUUGCAUGUGUGUGCCCUGACCCCAAGAACCCCAACUUCUGCACAAAUUAAUGAGGGAUCUAGUCCAGACAGGGUUUUCCUUUUUCCCUUCCUCAUGAGAGGCAUGGAUUUACACGUGGAGGGUACAGACAGGGAGAGGUGGGAAUGCAAAAUUGCCAAAUAGCACAAACAAUGAAUGUUUUCUAGUUAGAUGCCAAAAUAGCACUUUUGUAUUUACAAAGUGUUUUAUGCUUUCUAAUGAUUGCUAGUGUUUCUCACCUGUUUGUGAGGUAAAUCAGUAUUACAGACUAUGUCUUGGGGAAAGUCUGGGGUAGGAGUGUGGCAAGCCUCUUGAAUGAAGGCUGAGGACUUCGGAUGGUAAAGCCUGACCUUUUGUGUUCUCCAGCUCCGUUGCUAGGAUGAGUUAUGUCCUCUGAUUUAUAUAAUACAGUAAGACCACUGAGCAUUCUUGUGCUUGACGGGAGACAUAAAGCCUAGAAGGACCAAAGAUGUCCUUAUUGACAAAGCUGGCCUUUGUCACCUGAUUACAGUGUCCUCACUAUGUUCUGUUUCUAGGAGGGAGCUGUAGUCAAAUGACUUGUAUAGAUUUUGGUUACACUGAAAAUCCCUCCCCUAGAUUAGCCUGUAAAAGUUAGUGUUGUGGCAGGCGGUGAAAGUGUAUUGCCCUAGACUGUUCAUGGGAGUCUCAAACCAUUGGACACAGUUGAAGGGGGGGAAACUAUACAAUUGUUUCUACAGUUUUAGUGAAGUUUCUGUGAAUGCUAGUGAUUUAUACUUGAUCAUUUAUAUUUUAGUAAUAAUCUUUCUUUGCGGGGCUGUAGGAAAGCAUGUUUUUUUGUCAUUCUAAGUACACUUAAAAAAAUCUUGAGAACAUCCAGGCUUGUAUAUUGCCUGCUGAUCUUGACCGCUAAAUCUGUUUACUGUUGUUCACAGAUGGAAAUCAGACAUUCACACUAUGGAUAGUUUUGUAGAACUCUAAUUCUCUUCCAGUUUUCUUUUAGUGAAGUUAACACGUGCAAAGUCUGUGCCCAUUAUUUAUUCUGACUCUUGCAAGUCUGCACGCCAAGUGUAUGAGACCUACUUAAAACAACACAACCAAUCUGUAAGUGAUCUUGAAUUUUUUUUCUUUUGAGACAGGGUCUCUCUGCAUACCCCUG